UAUGUGAUUUGUUUCGUCGAGUGUGGUGUUAUUUGAAACAGAACAAGUGCAUGAGGACCAUAACAGUGCUUCAUUGUUGUGAAGGUGAAACAAAACUUUGUGUGCGGAACAAGUGUUUAGCGCAUAGUGUUAAAGUGACUUAAGAACACGUCGUUUGAAGGUGGCUCGAGGAGAUCCUGAGCGUGUACCGCGGCCACCAUGGGUAACUCCGCCUCCAGGAACCGCCUUUGUCGGAAUAAGGAAAUUCCAACUCUCAUCACCAGCAGCAAACUCUCAUCAUCGCCAAUCAUGGUGUCUGCAGAAUCCAGUCCAGAAACAACAUCCAAUGGAUCUGCCUCUCCAGUCCAGAAUGGCUUCCGCACCCCAUCCAUCACAAUCCUACACUUCAAUGAUGUGUACAAUGUGGAGGAGCAGGCUACUGAGCCCAAGGCAGGAGCUGCAAGGUUCAAGACAGCCCUCAGGAGCCUGGCUGAUAAGGAUCCACUCAUCCUCUUCAGUGGGGACAUCCUUGCUCCAUCCAUUAUGAGUAGCUUCACCAAGGGGGAACAAAUGGUGCCUGUCAUGAACCAGUUUGGAAUUCACUGUGCUGUAUUUGGCAACCAUGACUUUGAUUUUGGGCUGGAGAGACUUGUAGAUGUUGCAGAGAGAACCCACUUCCCCUGGUUGAUGAGUAAUGUGGAGGAUAAUGAAACAGGCCAGCCUCUUGCUGGUGGCAUCCUCACCCACACCAUGAACUGGCAUGGCUGGAAGAUUGGACUGGUUGGUCUGGUAGAGAAGGAGUGGCUAGAAACAUUAGCAACAAUAAAUGCAGACGAGGUGACAUUCACAGACUAUGUGGAUAGAGGCAGAGAACUUGCAUCAUCACUAAAGAAAGAGGGCUGUGACUACGUGAUUGCACUGACACACAUGCGGACGCCCAACGACAUCAGACUUGCUGAAAAUGUUGAGGAAAUUGAUCUCAUUUUAGGAGGCCAUGAUCAUGUCUAUGAAGAAUUGAAGGUGAAUGGUAAAAUUAUCUUGAAAAGUGGGACUGACUUCCGAGAGUUUUCUGCACUUACUCUCACACAGCAGAGUAAAGGUGUUAAUGUAGAUAUCAAGAAGGUGGUUGUGGAUUCUUUAUUUGAACCUGAUGCUGAGCUGAAGGAAGCUUUGUUUGAGUAUGAGGAAAUUGUUGGUAAGAAGAUGGAAGAGGAUUUGGGAUGCUUCAGUGUUGAUUUGGAUGGAAGGUUCUCAUCUAUAAGAACUUCUGAAACCAACCUGGGCAACUUUGUGUGUGACAUCAUGCUGGCAUCCUGCAAUGGCGAUGUGGCUCUGCUGAAUUCCGGAACACUGAGAUCUGACAGAAUUCAUCCUAAAGGAGAAUUCAAGAUGAGGGAUUUGAUGACCAUUUUACCCAUGCUGGACCCUCUUCUGGUCUUAGAAAUCACAGGAGAGAAGCUUUUAGCAGCCCUGGAAAAUGGAGUGUCUCAGUACCCAAAGCUGGAAGGCCGUUUUCCCCAGGUGGCUGGUGUGCAGUUUGCAUUUGACGCCAAUGGCGAACCUGGGUCACGGGUGGUCAUGGACUCGGUGAAGAUUGGAGAUGAGUACUUGGACCUCACUUCUACAUACCGCUUGGUGACUAAGGCUUACAUGAAAGAUGGACGUGAUGGAUACAACAUGCUCGUGGACUGCCCCAUCUUGCAAGAUGAAGAACAAUGUCCCAUGCUUUCCACUGCAGUGCAGAACCACUUCACUGCCAUCCAGAGUCAUUUGGGCAAGUCUCGUCGAAAUUCAAUACACAGACAGUCACUUGUUCUUCUUUCAAGAAGACACAGUCUCAUACGUCACGAUGAUGAUGUCCCUCCUUCGGCCCGGGGCUCAGGACACGCCCGUCUUGGCCGGUCUACGUCCACAGACUCUGCACUCUCCACUGCCUCCUCAGGCUCAAUAUCUUCAGCUUGCAGUAAGAGGUCACGAUGGAGUUUAUCACGGCAGGAAAGCUUCCACGAACUGGAGGACUUGGCUUGCAAAUUAGCACCAAAACUAGAAGGAAGAAUAGUAUUGGCCACUGAUGAGGUGCUGGAAGAGUUGUCUGUGAAGCGAGCCAUGCAUAGUGUUUCUGUCAUUGAGGAGGAGGAUGAACCAAUUACACCCUUGUCUCCCAAGAAUAAACCAAAUCCUUUAACAUAAAAAGUUGUUUCACCCAUCUACACCAGAAACAACCCGGUGUGCGUGGUCAUGCUUCAGGGAGUGAAUGGUCAACCACUGACAGUCAACUGCCUGUGUAUGUCUUCACAAAAAUUUCUCUGCCAGCAAUGGUGCUUUGUUUUAUUUUUUACUUUGUGAAUAUGUCCCUAUAAGCAGGUAGCUAAUGCCUUUCUAUAAGAUAUGAUUUACAAUUCAGUAUUUCAGGCAAGUAUUACAGUAUUUUGUGGUGUUUGGACACAAGUGUUAGAACAAAUAAUCAAAAUCUAUAGUUACUAUUCUUCAUGUACAUAGUCAAACACAAAUUAAACACUGAACCCUUAAUAAUUCAUGUGUAAUGCCAAAUAUUUUUAUGUGGCAGUCACCCUUUUUUUUCUUUUCCUCUAAUUCCCUUUAAGUGAAAGUCUCUUUGAUGUUAAUGUUAGAAAAAUCUUGGGUAAACUUUUUUAAUCAAAAUGAUGGGCCUAAUAUUAUUUCCACGAUUAUUAAUUUUCUGAAGUCUCGUGCAUGAAAAAAGAAGCUCAACUUUUAUUUCAACUAAACUAGUGAAUGAAAGUGAUGUAACCCAAUCCUUUCUGUGUAGCAUCUUGAAAUUCAGUCACCAACACCUGUGAGUAUACACAUUAGUGACUUACCAGAUAUCUGCCACUGCAGAGACUCCAUAGUAAUACAAAUAUCUUCAUUACUAUCCACAACUACUUGUAAACAAUAAAAACCUCUCUCUGUCUCCACAACCACAUUUUAAGAUGACAGGAUCUUCAUAUCCACAUUAAAAGAUGUGGAUGUUGUGGAUCUGUAUCAGUGAGAAUCAGUUUUCAAUUUCUUUCUGGCAUAACAGUUCCAAUGACCACAUCCGACUCUAUUGGUACAUGUUGGUGGCUAUCGUGCCAACCAGGUCAUGACUCCUUAGUCAUUAGCAAAUUUUAUACUUAAUUACAUCAGUGUGAAAGAGGCUUAACUCUAUUCCAUAUCUAAACAAUUCAUUAACCUACAAAUUUUCCUAUUUGCAUCUAUUAUUCCUUUAAAGCAUGAAAUCAUACAAAAUAUAAGCCAUACUUUAGUCUUAGGUCUACAUAGCAACAAACAGCAAAUUGUGUGCAAUUAUGCAAUCUUAUUUCACUAUACCUAUGACCAGUCCUCAGUUGCCAGAAGAUUACAAGCCAUUCAUUCUCAACAAUGGUGCAGUGGCUAUAUGGCAUGUGAGACUGCAUAAAAUUUCAAUUAUGUAGGCACAAAGUUGACAGAACUGUUAUAUAAGAUAGUAUUCGGCAUUACAUUUGAUUUUCAAUUGAAUUUCCACCAUAACGAAUAGACAGGCUUUCUAUGCAAUGUUCUUGUACUGCAUAUUGUAAUUAAGCAGAGAAGAUGGGGUUUGAAUAUAUUCUAUGCAAUAUCAUUGUACAACAAUGCUGCGUUCAAAUACUGUACUGAAACGGGUAAAUUGCUUAACCAAUUAACUAUAAUUUAAGAAAACUCACAUUUCAGUAAGGUCAAAAAGUAUAAUGAAAUAUUGAAGGUUCAGUGUACUUUAUACUACUUAUGUCACUUGAGUCCUGAGAGUGCAUGUUCAAUUAUUUUGAAAAUCAUUGCAUUGAAGUAUAUUAUAUUAUAUGUAAAAUACACACAAACUCAUUAUGUUUGUUAGAAUGUUCUUUUCAACAACUGUUAAAGCUUAAUUUAAUGACUAUCUGCCAAACAUUAAAUCUUACAAACUUUUGGUUCUUCAGGUGACGAUAAAUAAGCCAUCAUGUCAAUUAAUUGUUUAAAUUAACAAGAACUAGGCAGCUGCUCAUCAAUUUAGGAAAGGUUAACUUCACUACUAAGCAAUCUGACCUUUAUACCACUAGAAAAGGUUGCAACAAAAUUUUUAUAGCCAAAAUUUAUAUAAGAGUUGAGUAACCUCUUUAAUAGCAUUAAGUAAUCAGUUCAAGAUUUAAUACUAUUGUUUGAAUCACAGAUAUGACAAAAAAAAAAUUUGCUUUUUACACCACAUGAACAUGACAACACUAGUUAAAUGACAUUCAAGGCUAUUGAUUUGCCAUUCGAACUUUUUAGCACCCACCUCGUUAAUUUAGUCUUAACAACAAAAUGCUGAGUGCAGGAAGCAGUGUUUGUCAUGGUCACUUGUUGUGAGAAGAAUCCAAAACUGUGGGUAUGUGGGUAACUAACUUAAAUUUAAUUGCAAUGUUCUAUAGAUCAAUUAAGUAGUGAAAAGUUUAUUUUAUAGUUUAUCCCAAUCAAACAUAAAAUGCCAGUUGAGUGUUUGGCAUGGUGCAAACAUCUGAAUUUCCAUUACCACUACAAGCAAACCUAAUACCACUCAUGUCACAGGUCAAAUCAUUUGUGACACAUCUGGACAAAUGCCACUAUAUAUAUAUAUAUAUAUAUAUAUAUAUAUAUAUAUAUAUAUAUAUAUAUAUAUAUAUAUAUAUAUAUAUAUAUUUGAAUGGUAGUCAUUGUCUCGGAUCAUUACCAUCCGUCUUCUAAUACCAAAGUUUUCACCAUUCUGCUUUAUAUACAUUUAUAAUUUAAUGAGUAUUUGAUGAAUACAACUCUUAAGUUUAGAAAUCAAAGAUCUUCAUUUUAUGCAGUACUGUUAUGGCAAAGUCAAGGGCAACCAAAUUGGUAAUGUGAUGGAACUCAAGUUAUCACAUUUGGCCUUCUCAGAUUCAAUCCCCGGUGGUUGUGCCUCUUGUGUUAAUGCAUUAAAUCUUCAAGUGAAUCUCUUUGUGCUUUAGUGAUGCUUCAAAACUGAGCAAGACAUUGGUAUGCAAUGUUGAGGAUCCCAUAAAGGGCGAAGUGUCAUGCACUGCUUCACAGUAUCACAAAACAUCAGGAAAUUUAUCUGAAACAAGAAUAAGUUGCCAUGAGAUGCACUGUAGUCAAGGACUGCAUCUGAUAUGACCACUCAGGGCAAAUGUGAGUUCAAACAUGUUAUUACUCAGUAAAGAUGAUCAGAUUUUAAUUAGCCUUGACUGUCCUCUCAUUACAGCUGAUGAUCCUCCAUAGAUCAUUAACUAAACAAUAACAUGACAUGCUGUUACUUGUUGAGUAUUUCAGUCUUUUAUAUCAUGCUGGAAAGUUGAUAUAAUGGUAAAAUGUUUCAAGUUAUUUUCAUAUUCAAAGACAAAAACUAAAUCUUAAAUUUAAGAUAUAAUUGUUUUAUCUCAAGAUUUGUCAUCCUUUUCCUAAGUCUGACUGUGAUAGUGAAUGCCUUGCAACUCUAUUACAUUCUCCACUGUUCUGCUUCUCUUAAGCAUGUAUCUGCAUUUGACAUGGUAUAAAUCCUAUGGAAGAACAGAUUUAAGUGGCUAUGAAGCCAAACAUUAGAGUUGUCACAAAUAAAUUAUGAAACAGCAUGCCUCUCUCAUGGACUAGGAUUACAUUUGAUCUCAUAAAGUGUAAAUUAAAUUUUAUUAUUGCGACUCUUAUUGAGCUAUUGAUCCUCAGUCAUCUAAAUAUCUGGUUCUUUUAAUAACUAUCAAUACUAAGAGAUUAAGAGAAUACAUAUUUAUUUAUAUUUAACUGUAUAUUAUUGUUGACAAUUCUGACUGUGUUAUAACUGAAGCAUGUUUUGUUAAUCACUUUGAAAAUGUCCUACAUCAGUAUUUGCUGCCAUGUCUCAUGUCCUAGUUCAGGGAUUACUUGUUGCUUUGUACUGAACAUAAUAUAUUAAGUAUAUACUGUAUUCAUUUUGUUAAAACGUUUGUUCAUUAAGAAACUUUAACUAAUAGUGAUACUGUAGUAUGUGAUGUCAUAGAUAAUAUACCUGUAUAUUGUUGAUUACUUGUUGGGAAGAAUCCCAGUACAUAUAUAGCAGUAUUGGUAAGAAUAUAAAGGUUUAAAUCCUCAAUCAGUUUUAGGAUUGGUAUACAAUCCAUAUACCUUUAUGCCGACAAAUUCUGUGAUAUAGGAUACUGUUAAAUUUGUAUUGCCCCAUCCCUCUCAAGACCCAGUAUUGUAUUGUCAAGUGUUGCACAAAGUUUAAUAAUUUGGUUGGAAGCAUAGUAAAGGUUGGCGUAAUGCUUGGGUGUACAGUAGUUAUUCUGUUCCUAACAACAGAACAUUGUUUCUAAGACUAACUAUACUGCAUAGCAAUUUUAUAAAAGCACAAUAUAGUUCAUUUUUAUAUGAUAUCUAACUUGUGUAUGGUAGUGAAACAUUUUGUCUAUGUGGUGGAUUAUAUUGUCACCCAAUCUUUCAUUUUCAUAAGUGUUCAUUCAAACUUUAUAUCAGCCACUCUUACACUACUCUGUAUUUCUCAAUAUCAUUUUGCUAGAUAUCAACACAAGAAGAAUUACUAUUAAUAGAGAGAAUCCACUGUCCAUCUACUAUAAGGUCUAAUAUAUAAUUUUGAUUUUAACAGGACAUCAUGUUGUUAAAACAGAAUUCUUUAAUUUACCCACUUUAACAAGAAUCUCACUUACUAUUCCUUCCUUACCACUUCAUACCUAGCUUGUCCUUAUUAAAAACCACUACUAAU